GCAACAGAUGGUAAAAAUCGUAGGUUGCAUGUCACGCCCUAAAACGUCAUUCGGCCUAGAGGUGUUGUCCCAAUAGCAUAUCUGUUUCUAGAGCCAGGUGUUUAGUGAAGUAAGACGAUAUGAAGCUCUGUUCGUAUUCAACACUGUACUUUGCUGUUUUCCUUUCAGUGACUAAAUUGGGUGACAUUGUACAAACACGUCGACACCGACAACAAGAUGUCUGCCAAAAAGAGCGAUUGAAGCUUCGAGAACGUUUUGCUGACGUUGUGCUGACAGGUACAGUUGAGAGAGUACUUCCCAACUUACCUGUCUACUCGGCCGAUGUCCUGGUGAAGUGGGUACUUAAGGGAGACGACAAUCUCAGGGGCACUGUUCUGGUGAAUGGGUUCGGAAAUCCAGAUAUCUGCAACAGUCAUGUUCAACCUCGCGAUACUCGUAUUUUUUUUCUACACCAACUUAGCGAUAGUAGCUUGCAUCUGAAUUCCAGCUUAAUGCAUAUCAACGUCCCGAAAUUAGAUCGUAUUCGAGCUGCUCUCAGAGAUGAACCUUACACUAGAAGACCUGAAAUAAAAGACGAACCAUGUGAGAAGAAAUACUGCCCUUACAAUGCUGACUGUGUUGUGAAGCGCUUUGGUAGAGCAUCAUGUCAGUGUCCUAAGUCUUGUCCUUGGGGGUACAAGGCUGUGUGUGCUAGUGAUGGUAUCACCUACAGCAGUCCCUGUAGAAUGCGAGUAGAAACGUGUCGAAAGCAACGAAGAGCGUAUCUUCAACAUGAUGGACCAUGUAAAUCUACCUCAACACUCUCCCACUGAACUGUAUGUCGUCCCAGAUCUCGAAACCCCUUCCCGCUAAGUUUAAUCCCAUAUCUUGAAAGUUUUACCACUAAGUCCAAUCUCAGAUCUUAGUCUUAGAUAUUGAACACUUUCCCUUAAAAUGAAUGAGAUCGCAGAUCACAAACACUUCCGGCUAAGAUAAAUUUCAGAUCUUGAAUUCCCCCCCCCUCUAAGAUGAAUUUC